AGGGAAAAAAUGAGAAGUUAUGAAAUUGAGUCAUCUGACUAAACAAAUCGCCUGUUUCAAAAGUAUUUUAAGGCGAAAUGAUCAGACCACUAGCAGUAAAAGUAACCAAGAAAAAAGACCGUUAACCCUUACAUGUGAAUAAAAAUCUCGUGUCCUUUGUCAACAAACUGUUCUACACAGGCAUACCUAGAACACAACAUUAAUUCCAAGACCAAAUUUCCUUUAUAAUUAAUUCCCAUUCGUGACAACACCCAAAGCAUAAGAUACUUACAAGGGAUGCAGGGCUCAGGAGGAAGAGGAUAUAAAUGCUCGGUCGGUCGGCAUUGUGUCUUUGUGUGCUCUUUGACAGCAGGCUCUGGACUUGGAUCGGGAAGCCGGGAAUAGCAUACCAUGGAUAGCACAGCCACCUACCUCCCCCCGACCACAGUGACGGACAUCUCAAUGAACGAGACCACCACCCACAUCUUUGAUACCUACACCUUCUUCGUUCACCCCCACUGGUACAACUUCCCCUUGGUCUCCGACAACUGGCACUACGCCAUAGGGGUGUUCAUCUCCAUCGUCGGUAUCAUCGGAAUCUUCGGCAAUGCAACCGUUAUCUACAUCUUUAGCACCACCAAAAACUUAAAGACGCCGUCUAAUAUGUUCAUUGUGAACUUGGCUCUUAGCGACAUGAUAUUUUCUCUGGUGAUGGGUUUCCCUCUAUUGACAAUAUCAGCAUUCAACAAGAAGUGGAUAUGGGGAAAUACAGCAUGUGAGUUGUAUGGACUAGUUGGUGGAAUCUUUGGAUUGAUGUCAAUAACCACCUUGUCCGCAAUCAGUGUGGACCGCUACUACGCCAUUGCUCACCCACUCAGAGCCGCCCGCAAUAUGACCCGUAAGAAGGCCUUUAUGAUGAUCUGCAUUGUCUGGGUGUGGUCCCUAUGCGCCUCUCUACCACCCCUCUUCGGCUGGGGUCGUUACGUUGCAGAGGGAUUCCAGACAUCUUGCACUUUUGAUUACCUAACUACAACUCCUAAUAAUAGAACAUACAUAUUUUUCCUUUACCUUUUCGGCUUUGCUGCCCCAUUGCUUGUCAUUGCUUUGUCUUAUAUUUUGAUUAUCCGGGCUUUGAAAAAACACGAACGCAAAAUGCAGCAAAUGGCAGCAAAAAUGAAAGUUGAUGAUAUCAAAGCUAAUCAAGAGAAAACAAAAGCAGAAGUAAAAGUUGCGAAAGUCGCCAUUAUAAUCGUAUUCUUCUAUAUGCUAUCAUGGAGCCCUUAUGCUACAGUGGCUUUAAUCGGCCAAUUUGGUCCAGCAGAAUGGGUAACACCUUUCCUUUCAGAGUUGCCUGUCAUGUUGGCAAAGGCUAGCGCCAUGCACAACCCGAUCGUGUAUGCCCUGAGUCAUCCCAAAUUCAGAGAAGCAUUGUACAAACGAGCUCCAUGGAUCUUCUGUUGCUGUGAGCCACCUUCUAAAGCUACACCGAGAACAUCCAAAGCAACAAAUGUAUCACGCACCAUGAGUGGCCUUAGUGACACUGUAGGUGGCGCUGCUAGUGAAUUGUCCAGCUGUGUGAGUAACCUCAGUGACACGCGGGAAAAUACACUCGAAAUGCGCAGAACAGGAAAGAACUCCAACGACCAGGGAACAGGUAACUCCUCACAACUGAUUCAAGGCCUUGUCCAAGCUCUAGUUGGUGUCACCAACCAGCAAAACAGACAGGUGGUAUACCUACCACAAAACCAGUCAGCGCAACAAGCACUAGGGGCGGAUCAAAACAACGUGUUUGUGGUCGACAACGGCGGGCAAAAAAUCGACAUUAAGGCAUACUUGCAAGAAAUUAUCGCAGCUGAGAAGAUUGCUGAUGCAGUCAAAGACACCGAAACAAAUAGCGUGGAGAUGAGGAAUGAGCCUAGCACGUCACAAGACGAAAAGGAGGCCAGUAAAGUGGAGAGUCACCAUGUGUAAAGAAUAAGAAAUUUACGGUAUACUAUGGAGAUUGGUCGGUUGUACCGGUAUUCCAAGCUUAACAAUGCAAGUCAGGAAAAAGUCUUUUAGUUCCGAGACCAUUUUUUCACAAAACUUAAUUUUAUUUUGUCAUUUAUUAUUAAAUAUAUUUGCUAUUUUUGGUUAUACUUUUCAAAAUUGAUAAUUAAGAUCAUACAUCGUGAAUGUUGUUUGCUUACUGAUUUCACAAAGGUACUAAAUUCAUAAACGUCAACUUUAAAGCGUACUUUUUAGAUAUUCCGGUUUCUGAAUCAUAGCAUUUUAGUGUUAAAAUCAUCAUCAUCACCAUCACCAUCAUCACAUAUUGCAUUGUUGUUAUGUAAUUUGUUAUUGGGUGGAAAACGUGUUUUCAGCAAUAAAUUGAGAGAGAGAGAGAGAGAGAGAGAGAGAGAGAGAGAGAGAGAGAGCAUAUCCCUCCCAACCUAUAAAAAAACAGUGUCGCUUAUUUUCAGUUCUUGUUGUACCGAGUUCCACUGCAUGAUUGUUAUUCUUUUGUGACCAUGAUGUAUAUCAAAGAUAUUGUGCGAGUUUUAUUCGUAAUAAAGAUGUGAUGUUCUAUUUCUUUCUUAUCUCUG